GGGCCGGGCGGCUGUUUCCUGUCCUGGUGCAUGGUGGUCGGACGAAGGAAUUGUUGGAAAAUUUUCUCGGAGGUAAAAAAUGUUGCUAGCCCAAAUAAAUCGAGAUUCUCAGGGAAUGACAGAGUUUCCUGGAGGAGGAAUGGAGGCUCAGCAUGUUACCCUGUGCCUGACAGAGGCAGUAACUGUGGCAGAUGCUGAUAAUUUAGAAAAUAUGGAAGGUGUAAGCUUACAAGCAGUAACACUUGCAGAUGGUUCUACCGCUUAUAUACAACACAAUUCUAAAGAUGGAAAACUCAUAGAUGGCCAGGUCAUUCAGUUGGAAGACGGUUCUGCUGCCUAUGUUCAACAUGUACCCAUACCUAAAAGUAGGGACAGUUUACGUCUAGAGGAUGGUCAAGCCGUGCAGUUAGAAGAUGGAACUACAGCCUUUAUUCACCAUACCUCCAAAGAUAGUUAUGACCAGAGCGCAUUACAGGCAGUUCAGCUGGAAGAUGGCACCACGGCUUACAUCCACCAUGCAGUGCAAGUCCCACAGUCUGAUACCAUCCUAGCAAUUCAGGCUGAUGGUACCGUGGCAGGUCUGCAUACUGGGGAUGCCACAAUUGAUCCUGAAACCAUCAGUGCUUUGGAACAGUAUGCAGCAAAGGUACAUCAUUUUACAGUAUCAAGAACAACCUUCUUUAUUUUUCAUUAAAAGAAAAGAAAACAAAAAAAAAAAAAGAAAAUUGUCUUACAAGGACAUGCAGCAAGAGUAACUGCUAAAUCUCAGCAGAGUGGAGAGAAGGCGUUUCGAUGUGAAUAUGAUGGAUGUGGAAAAUUAUAUACAACAGCUCAUCAUCUUAAGGUUCAUGAGAGGUCACACACGGGAGACCGGCCUUAUCAGUGUGAGCAUCCUGGCUGUGGGAAGGCAUUUGCAACAGGUUAUGGAUUAAAAAGUCAUGUCAGAACUCAUACAGGAGAAAAGCCAUAUCGGUGUUCAGAAGAUAAUUGUACUAAAUCCUUUAAAACUUCAGGAGAUCUACAGAAACAUAUCAGAACUCAUACAGGAGAAAGACCCUUUAAAUGUCAUUUUGAAGGCUGUGGUCGGUCUUUUACAACAUCAAAUAUCAGAAAAGUGCAUAUUAGGACACACACAGGAGAAAGACCUUAUUACUGCACAGAACCAGGAUGUGGAAGGGCAUUUGCCAGUGCAACCAAUUAUAAAAACCAUGUGAGGAUACACACAGGGGAAAAGCCAUAUGUUUGUACAGUCCCUGGGUGUGAUAAAAGGUUUACAGAAUAUUCUAGUUUGUAUAAGCAUCAUGUUGUUCACACUCAUUCCAAACCUUACAACUGUAACCACUGUGGGAAGACAUAUAAGCAGAUCUCCACGCUGGCCAUGCACAAACGGACCGCCCACAACGACACAGAGCCAAUCGAGGAGGAGCAGGAAGCCUUCUUCGAGCCUCCCCCAGGUCAAGGUGAAGAUGUUCUUAAAGGGCCCCAGAUCACAUAUGUCACAGGGGUAGAAGGGGAUGAUGUUGUGUCUACACAAGUAGCCACGGUAACCCAGUCUGGGUUGAGUCAACAGGUUACACUCAUAUCCCAGGAUGGGACUCAGCAUGUCAACAUAUCUCAAGCUGACAUGCAAGCCAUUGGCAAUACCAUCACAAUGGUCACGCAGGAUGGCACGCCCAUCACAGUCCCUGCUCACGAUGCAGUCAUCUCCUCAGCAGGGACACACUCAGUUGCUAUGGUAACUGCCGAGGGUACAGAAGGGCAGCAGGUUGCAAUUGUGGCUCAGGACUUGGCAGCAUUCCACACUGCAUCGUCAGAAAUGGGGCACCAGCAGCACAGCCAUCACUUAGUAACCACAGAAACCAGACCUCUGACCUUAGUGGCAACAUCCAAUGGUACCCAGAUUGCAGUUCAGCUUGGAGAACAGCCAUCGCUGGAAGAAGCCAUCAGAAUAGCAUCCAGGAUCCAACAAGGAGAAACACCAGGGCUGGAUGACUAAUCCCGAGAGCAAUAAAGCCAGAGGAGCCUUUCAUCUUCAGGCAGCAGAGCUCCAGGCCCGGGGCCCAGGAAAAUGAUAACUUUUCCAUUCCUCAACACUGUACACGUUUUUAUGCAAGAGUGGAGAACAUUUUAUUCUUGACACUUUUGUGCAUAUAACCCUUGGAAUAGAUUUCCAGAUUGAUUCAUUGUGUACAAGGAAGUAUGAAAUUAGGGCAAUCCAGUAAAUUUUCACAUUACUCUUUUAUCACAUUGCAGACUCCUAGAGUCUUUAUGUAAGACAGUGAAGUCUUACCGAGACUUAGGGUGGAUUUUUAACUUACUGUGAAAAAAAACACACAAAUAAAGGCUAUAUCUAAAAUAUCAAAGGUUCUAUAUGUCACACAAUCAUAAUUCCAAAAGCCAUCAUGGAUAAUAAAGAAUGUAAAGCCUUCAAAUAUUUCCCCCAGUUAGUAGAGUGUCUGCAGCUUUUGUUCUACUGUAUAUUUGUCUGUUUUUAUUUGUGUCUCAUGGUUUGAAGACUGUUCAUUAAGGCUUCCAUUCCUGUUAAUUACCAGCUCUUCAAGCUGAAAUGCUAAUUAUAUUAGCACUACAUUGGAUUAUGUAUAAAAUUACAAAGUUUGGUUACUUAAAAUUAAAAAGCUAAAUCCAGUA